GUGCAUCUUUCAUGCUCUUCUCCUACAUCUUCAUGAAUUGCAAAGACUUCUUGUUAGGAAAUGGCAGGCUCGGGUCACACCUCAGAUAACACAAAUCAAGAUACCAAGGCUGCAAAGAGUAAUCAAGACUCCAACCUGCAGGAUUUCUCUGAAGAUGAAGAGAAUCUCAUUGCUAGAAUGUUUGGCUUGGUUGGGAAGAGGUGGUCACUAAUUGCUGGGAGAAUACCAGGAAGAACAGCAGAGGAGAUUGAGAAGUAUUGGACUUCAAAGUAUAGAUCAUCAAAGGAAAGAUGACUUUUGUUGGACAUGAUGAUGGUACAUGCAUGGCCCUGGUAGAGAAUUGAGUUUCUGCUUUCUAUGGAUAAAUCCAACAAUUUAAUAGUACUGUACAACAGCUACAGUUUAUACGACUUUCUUAGACAUGAGGCAGGAAUUCAGUUCCCAAUUCCUCAAUUGGAGUUAGGGAAAAGCUAGCUCGGGGGUAAUAUGUGCAUGAUUUCAGAGUUGCUGAAAACAAGAAAUAUUCACGUGUAAUUAUUGUAAAGAAGUUACAAGAUUGCACUAGUUUGAUUCCUGUUAUGCUGCUGCAAGAAUUUUUUUUUCUUAAAAAAUAAUUAAAACUC